AUGAAAAGCAGAGUCAACUUUAAUAUAACUGAAAAAGAGCGCUAAAAGAAAGAAGAAGAGGAAAUUAGGAAGAGACAAUAGGCUUACGAUUAACAAAUCAAUGAAAAAAGAAUUUAGUUGAGAAAGGAAUUUGAGACGUACAAAAAAACAGAUAUUUCAUCCAAUAGCAAUCUUGAUUUAGAUCCUAAAAUAUAGAUUUAAGAUAAUGAUUUCAAAAAAGAAUUAGACAAACUAAAAACUAUUAAUGAGCAAAAAAGGCUUAGCUUAGAUAAGCUUCUAAUUUAGGAAAGAAAUAACAAUGCCUUGAAUAGAAGUACAUCAAUGGAAUCAACUUACAAGUUAACAUCAAACUCUUAAUUUCAAAACAAUCUAAACAGCUAAAAUAUGUAAGCAACUAAUGGAUUCUUCGCUACUAGAAACUCUUUAAUGUCUCGCUAAGAAUAGCAAAGCCAAAUGGAUGAAAGAAACUUUAAGAAAUCUUUUAACUUUUCUAAAAACGGGUUUUCUAAGAGCUAUUAUCGCUCUAAAAGCACCUAAUUUAUGCCUGCUAAGUCAGUUUAUGAUCAAAGUACGAUAAAGAAUCAUAUCGAAGAUAUUGAUUAGCUUAUAAGUGAGAGUGAAUAAAAUAUUUUUAAUGAAAAUGAAAGACAUGAUUAAAUAAUUACUAUGAAAAAUAAUUUGUUGCAUUCUAUUGAAGAUUAUAGAAGAAAGGUAAAUCAAUUAAAGAGGAUGAAUGAUUUGGCAGAUUAGAAGUACAAAGAUAUCUUUUAGAUAGAACUUCAAGCUAAUGAUAAUAAAAGGGUUGUUAAUUAAAAUGUAGAGUAAGCAAAGGAAUAAAUUUAAAACGUUGGCAAAUUGUAUAAGCAAUAUAAAGAUAAAAAAAUUGGGAUUAGCUAGCAGCUCAAGGCAGAAAACGAGCAAGAAGAGUAUUUCUUGUCGAAUGUUCAAAUAAAAAUAGAGGAGAGCAAAAGCUAAAUAAUACAAUUGGAAAAAGAGAUAGCUUAGUUGGAUUUAGAAAAAUAAAAAUAUGAAAAGAGAGAAAAGGAAUCCUACUUUGUUGGUCUUUAUUUAUGGUCUUUUGAAGAAAUAGAAAAGAUAUUUUUGAAGGGAUAAACAGAUAAUAUUAUUCAAAACUACAUUGAGAUUGAGCAUAACAGUAUUGAAACUCCUUCAUAAAUGGCAAAUAAAAAUCAUGAAAAUGGGCAUUUAAACGAAGGAAGUGUAAAUUGUGUUUCUACUGUUUUUGGGACUCAGAUUAACAUAUAAAGUCCAUCUGGGAAUUUACAGAAUUAAAAUUCUAGCAAAAAAGAUCUAGCAGAUUUUAACAAACAUAAUACCUUAGGAUAGUCAAAAAUAAUAAGGAGUGCACAAAAUUCUUCUAUUAUGAGUCCUUUAGUAUCAACCCCAAUUAGACUUAGUAAAAAGUCUAAAAGAAAACAACUUAAGAUAUUGGAAAACGUGACAGCAAAUUAUUUAGAUGACUAUGAAGUUGAGCCACCUAACUUCGACAGAAAAGAAGUUUUAGAAAAAAUACAUCAGUAUUAUUUUGAUCAUAAUGAAAACAUAGAGCCAGUCAUGGAAUAAAUUAUGGAGUUUUAUUAACAACUUUCUCUCAAAAAUUUACUUCAAAAAAGUUAAUGUGAGGAAUUUAUUCAACAAAAAAAGCUUCUUACUUUAGAGCUUUAAGAAUUAGAAAAUGAAAUCAAAUUAAUCAAGGAACAAAAUUUUUUUGUUGAGAAUUAAAAUUAGGAGAAUUAAAUAAAUUAAUAAAAUUAAACUAAAUAUCCUGAUAUGAAAAUUAUUUUUGAAGGUUAAGCAAAUUAUUUAAAUGAGGUACAACCAAAGCCACAAAUACAGACAAAACAAGAAAUAGUUGAUGAAUUUCUUAAUUAAAAAAUUGCUAUGGAUUCAGGAUUUAUUUCCAAAAUUGAUAAUAAAACAAACAAAGAAAUUACAUCUACAAUUAAUGUUGAAGUGUUUAGCGAGUACAAUAAAGAAACACUACAGUUAGAAAAAGAAAACGAGAAUUUAUAGAAAUUUAUUUUCAAGAGCUACUUAAAUCUGGUAGAGUAUGUUGAGAGGAUAUGUUUAAUAGUUCCUUUGAUAGACUUUAAGAUUGAUUAAUUAUAGCAGAAAACAAAUUUAUAUUUUGAAUUUGAGUAUGUCACUACGUAGCUUCUAAAGAGCAGCUCCGAUUUGUUUGCAUUGGCAACGAAUGGAAAGUCUCUUGAGAAAGAAUUUUAAAAAAUAAAUGAGCAAGUUAUGGGCUUUCACACUUAUUAAGUAUCUGGCUACUCGUUUUAAAAAAGUCAUUCUUCUUUUCAUUCUAAUUUUAACUAAGGAUAGAGUUUGUAACUUUAGCAUUCUGCAUCAAAUAUAAAAGAUACUCCAUAAUCAAACAUAGCAACUAACAAUCAAAAAUAGACUUAUUUAAAUAUACCCAACUUGUAGAAUUCAAUAUCUUAAUUCAGUCAUUAAAAUUCUUAAAUUUAGUCUACUAGCUAAGGCAAAGAAGCUUCUAAAACAUCCUAAUAAACGUUUAAAAGAGGGUCUUAAAGGUAGCUAAGCUAUUUAAAUUUUGAUGAAAACUUUGGAAUUAACAUAAGUUCCAGUCAAAGAAUGGUUGAAGAUGAUCAAACAACACUUCCUCCACCUAUAUCUUUAUUUACAGAUAAGAUAAAAGAGUAAUCUAUUCACUAAAAUACUAAUAAUUUGCAGAAAUAAUCUACAUAAGAAAGAGAAAAAGAAUAAAAUAUCAAUUAGAUAUGUUAAGAAAUUCUAUAAGAUAAAAUGGCUAGAUAUAUGUUACAUGAGUAAUUUAUAAAAUAAUUUAUUAGCAGAACUCUUGAGAGUUUUCCUGAAAUUUCAAACAGCGACAUACUCUAACAAAUAAAAGAGGAAGCUCUCAAAAUUUUAAUUGAAAAAAUGAAUUAAAUAUUUACAAAUUUUCAGAGCCUGUAUUUGCUGAUAGACGGAUAUAUCAAUUUUAUCAUAUAAUAAUUAAAGGAAAGAAAUAUUGAAAUAAGAAAUAAUGUCCAAGGUUCUGAUAAUCCUCCAACUACAGGAGGAAUUUUGAGUUUGCCAAAGAGCGACUUCAUAAUAAAGAGUUACAUGAAUGCCUAUGAUAAGCAAUUAAAAUAUAGAAAGAAUGAAGAAGAAGACGCUUUAUAAAGAUUUGCAAGAAUCUCUUCGCAAAUCGACAAAAGCAAAUUAUUAAUUAACUCUCCUCCUUCUUCUUAAAAUAACUUAGGCAAUAAUACCUAAGACCAGGUAAAUAAAAAGCAAGCAAUCUAUAAAUUUAUAAAUGAAAUAUCUGAUUUACGUAAAAAUAUGGCCAGAAAAAUAGCUUCUCCAUUAUCUGGAUAAUCCUUUUAAAGCAUCUUUAACAACAUUAGUUAAUCUAACUAAAAUCUAAAUGGAGGAAACAAUAACAGUAUGAUUAAUUUAGGUUCUUAAUAGAACAGUGUAUAAAUUUCUAAUUCUAAUGGAAAUCAAAAAGAUCCAAAUGCAUUUUAAUCUACAAAUUCAAUGACAGAUGUCAACAACUAGCCUAAUUAACAAUAAAAUUAAAUUUCAAAUCGUCCUGGAUCAAACAAUUUUGAUAAAAAUAAUUUAAAAUAUACAGAAGAAGAUUUCAUAGACGAAGAAAGAGAUCAUUUAAAAAUGGUAGAAAGAAAGGAAUAUGAUGAAUAUCUCAACAAAGACAAUGUAGAAAGAGAGAAAAAAUUAUAAGAAGAAAAGAAAAAGAAAAUAGUUUAUCACAGAUUGAUAUAGAAUGCAGAAACAGACAGCAGCAAAUAGGAAAAAUCUGCUUACCGAUAAUUCGCUUUAGAUUAAGAUGUGCUAUUCAAAAUAAAUAAAUUGGAUAAUAAUGUCUAAUAAAAUGAUUUUGCAGAGAAAUUCAGCGAUAUUAUCAAGAAAGAAAACAACAAAAUAAGCUCAAAGUUAGCUAAAGAAUUCUAGAAGUUUGAAUUCUAAAAUAUAAAAACGAAUGCAAUUUACAAUAUUAGAAGAGAAAUCAAUUUAAAGGAAAGAAAAGAGCUUUAGAAGCAAGAUCUUCAUAAUAAAUAUUUUUUGCCAUAGCAAAGCUCCACCACGAAAAACAAUUCAGAAUUAAAAUAUUACUUUAACAUUAAUAAAAACAAAAACAAUUAAUCAACAAAUGCUCUAUUCAAAAGGAGAAACCAAUCUCAAUAGGGUUUUAGAAAUGAAAUAUCAAGCAACACAUUGAUAGAAGAAAACCAUAACCAAAAUGCACAUUCAUUUUCUGCAAAUCCAACUUCAAGAAACUACUCUACGACAGAUAAAAUACUUAAUAAAUAACUUUAAAUAGCUCUACAAAAGCAGAAAACAAAAGAAAACUCUCAGGAGGUUGUUUUAAAACUAAGAAAUACUCUGUACACGCCAAAGAUAAACAGCUUAAACAAAAAUGUAUCAAGUACUUCAACAGAUGAUAUGAGUAAUUUCAUCUCAAUCAACAAUUUACAAAACAACUUGUAAGCAAAUUUGGCUGGUAAUUUCUAAAAUAACUCUUCACUUCUUGUAUCAAACUACCCCAAUUCUGCAAAUUACUCUAACAACUACCCUGUUCAUUAUAAAUAUCUCCAAUAAGACUGGGUUCAGUCAUUUACACCAAACAACUUUUUAAAUAGCUCAUAAAAUAUUAAUUCGUUAUCAAAUAUUUAUCUUUCUAAAAACUCAAAUAUUAUAAGAAAGGCCUUUACAUCUCAAUCAGGCUAAAGAAAAAAGCCUUCCAAACAAUUAGAGAAUCAAUGA